AGUAUUCCAAAGAGUUGCAGAGUAAUCACUAUAUAAUUAUCAAAGUAUGUGGUUUUUGGCAGACUGCUAAUGCUUUCUUCCACUGCGUGAACCUGAUUGAGUAUCUGCUGAUGAUAUGUGUGGAUCCGCGGGGCUACUGGAGGAGUCCCCUCAAUGUGCUGUCUGCGUUUGUGCUCCUGCUCUCCUCCGUCUGCAUGAGUCUGAGCAUGCCUCUGAAGCACCUGGUCUGCAUUUGCGUCCUGCUAGUCUUCAGGCUCAGGAAUUACACGGAUGUCGAGCAGGAGUACACUGCAGGCAUCUGGAGGGGACUGAAGAAAGCCAGCUUGAUCUAUUUCUUGAUCUUUGUGAUCGUACUGGUUUUCGCUAUGGCUGGUCACUCGUUUUUUGGAGACCCAAACAGAGGAGAUCCAAAACACUGGGGAGACCUCGGCACAGCCCUGGUCACGCUCUUCAGACUGCUCGUACUGUAUGAUUGGACGAAGGUGCAUCAGGACCUCGACAAAGCGGGUGUGAGCUACAGCAGCGUCUUCGUCAUCGGCUUUAUUAUUACAUGCUACUUCAUACUCCUCGUUAUAGCCAGGGCUGUUUUCAUCACUGAAUGCCGGAGUGCAUUUGGGAAGGCAGCGGAAAGGAAGAAACGUGCGCGUGAAGAGGAGGUAAAGAAGAAGGUGGAGGAGGUGCUGGAAAGGGCUAAACAGCACCAUGCCCCAAAACUCCGGAGUGUGAGGGAACUCAAAAGGUCCUUAUGUCAUGAUCGAUUUAUUUAUGCGCAGGACAAGAUCACUAGUUCUUCUUUCAUAGGGACAUUUAUGCAGCAGCUGAAUAAACGAGAACAAACCAUGUUAGAGUGGUGGCGGCUGAUAAAUGAGAAGAUGGCUGUACUGAAGGAGGAGCUCGAGGACAAGCUGAACGAGGACGCUCUUGCUGAGGUUUUUAGGUGGUGGCGGCUGAUAAAUGAGAAGAUGGCUGUACUGAAGGAGGAGCUCGAGGACAAGCUGAACGAGGACGCUCUUGCUGAGGCUUACGAGUGUAAGGGCCAAUCAGAGACGGCACUAAUGACAGAUGAAACCAUUGGAAAUGUACCCAUAUUGAUCCUCGGCAACAAGAUCGACAAACCUGAAGCCAUCAGUGAGGAGAAACUGCACGAGAUCUUUGGCCUGUACGGUCAGACGACGGGAAAGGGCUGUGUUCCCGUCGGCGAGCUGAAGACGAGAGCGCUGGAGCUGUUUAUGUGCAGCGUGACGGAGAGACGGGGAUACGGUGAGGCUCUGCGCUGGCUCUCACACUACCUCCGCUACACAAACACUGCUGACGCCACAUAGCUCGUCUGUUCUCACUU